CGACCGUCACCAUCCCCAAUGGCCCCGAGUGACUGGACUCGAACUCGCCGGGAACUGCUCUUCGCCACUAUUAUCCUGGGUUUAUGCGCCACGGGCGCUCUAGGGCCUCUGCUUGUGCCAGGCUUUGUGUUCGUCGCGGCAGAUCUCCAUGUCAGCCUGACCAGCGUCACCCUCUUGAAGGGCAGUCUUGUCAUGGCCCUGGGCGUCAGCGCCUACGUCUGCUCCCCUGUUACCGAUUGCUUCCGCAGACGACCAGUGUACUUAUUCACCACGCUUUUGGUCCUGAUCUCAUGCUGGUGGGCAGCGGUUGCAAAGUCGUACUCCUCGUUGAUCGGAUCCCGACUAGGCAUGGGAGGACUCUUCGCGCUAGCCGGAACAUCGUCCAGCAACGAGGUCCUCCACGUGCACGAACGGGGCCUGCGCGUGGGGCUCUGGAAUUUUGCCGCCAUCGUCUCCGUCAAUCUAACCCCGAUCAUCCGCGGAUAUAUCAUUUCGGGUUUGUCUUGG